AUGUUGCCCUUCUCUCUCUCUCUUCCUCUGUCACCCAUUCAAUCUCUCCACCAAUCCAAUUCCCUCCAUGCUCUCACCCUGACAGAGGUUGUCCAGCUGAGUCUAGCAGAGGACCAGCGAAUCAGCGUCUCCACGGUAACGGUGGGCCUGAGUGCCGUCCUCACCUGUGCCAUCCAGGGAACGCUGCGCCCGCCAAUCAUCUGGAAGAGAAACGGCAUCAUAUUAAACUUCCUGGACCUGGAGGACAUCAACGACUUUGGGGAUGAUGGCUCCCUGUACAUUACCAAGGUGACAACAAUCCACAUGGGGAACUACAGUUGCCAUGCCUACGGCUACGAGGACCUCUAUCAGACACAUGUGCUGCAGGUGAAUGUCCCUCCGGUGAUCCUGGUCUACCCGGAGACGCAGGCCCAGGAGCCCGGCGUGUGCGCCAGCCUCCACUGCCAUGCCGACGGCAUCCCCAAUCCAAAACUCCUCUGGCUGAAGAACGGCAUGGAUCUGCAGCCCAGUUCCUCCAAACAGCUCUCUCUGAUAGCAAACGGUAGCGAGCUCUUCAUCGGCAGCGUCCGGUACGAGGACACCGGCGCCUACACGUGCAUCGCAAAGAACGAGGUGGGAGUGGAUGAGGACAUCUCCUCUCUCUUCGUGGAAGAUUCAGCGAAGAAGACCCUUGCAAACAUUCUAUGGAGAGAGGAAGGGUUGAGCGUGGGCAACAUGUUCUAUGUUUUUUCUGAUGAGGGCAUCACUGUUCUUCAGCCCAGUGAAUGCGAAAUACGCAGACACAUGAAGCAGACAGAGAGGAUUUCUGCUACCUAUGAGGAGAUGUGCCCGAAAGGUGAGGGGGUGUCACCUCAGCGCUGCGUGUGGUCAUCGGCAGUCAACGUCAGGGACAAGUACAUCUACGUGACCCAGCCCCUGCAGAGUCGACUGCUGGUUGUCGACAUUCAAGCACAGAAGGUGGUUCAGGCAGUAGCAACAGAUCCUUUUCCAGUGAAGGCGCUCUACGACAAAUCACACGACCAGGUGUGGAUCUUAACCUGGGGAGACAUGGAAAAAACACAUCCCACAUUACAGGUAAUUGUCCAAGCCAGUGUCGGGGAAGUUCAUCAUGCCAUUCGAACAACUUUCCAAAGGGUGAAUGACUUCUUCAUCCCUCCAACUAAUCUCAUCAUCACUCAUGUGAGGUUUGCCUUCGUCUUCCUCAAAAACGAACCUGCGGUCCACAAGAUCGACCUGGAGACCUUUCGCCGCGUCAAGACCAUCAGUCUGAAGAACCACAGCUGCGUGCCGGUCAGCAUGGCCUACACGCACCUGAGCGGCCUCUACUUCGUCCAGUGCCGGAGCGAGGGCCUCCUCGGCGCCCCGCCGCAGCUCCUCAUCGACGGCGUGACCGACGCCGUGGUCGGCGCCAACCUCAACGUCACGGGCCGGGCGUACGCGUCGCCGGACGGCCGCUACGUGGUGACCCCCGACCCCCGGGGCCCGCGGCUGACCGUACAGACGGUUUCGUUCCGCGGGGAGCUGGCGGUGAACCGGGAAAUAGACGGGCCCGCGCGGGUCUCCGACCUGGUUUUCCAGCCGUCCUUCGCCGAGUCCAACCAGCACGUGGCGGUGGCCACGUCCGGCUCGGGCACGGACCUGCUGUUCGCCGACCUGUCCUCCGGCCGCACCCAGGUCCUGCGGGGCCUCAAGGAGCCCCUGGAGGCCCGCGCCUGGCCCUGGGGAGGCCCCAACAGGGUGGUGGUGACCAGCGGGCUGUUCGGACAGUACCUGGUGACCCCCUCGGUCCAGUCGCUCUUCGUCCUGAACGGGAAACAGAGAACGCCGCACUGCGAGGUCUCGGAUAUCAAUAGAGGAAACACAGUCGUAUGGGUCGGCGAGGUAUGAGAAAAAAGUAUGAGAGAAAAGAAAAAAAAAGGGGUGAAUUUUAGGCAAAAAAAGGAGAUAUAGAAUUAGUGAAAGAAGUAAAUGAGAAAAAAAACAACUAAGAAGGGAGAUCAGGCCAAAUUUACCUUUGACUAAGAUUUAUGUGAACAUACAUUGUGGACUCAACCCUGGAAGAGAGAGAGAGGGAACCACGCUUGGGUUUGCAGUAACAAACGUACAUUUAAAAAUAGAGAAAUCGAGAACAUUUUAGGCGAAUCUGUUGUGAUAUUCCUAUUGGGAGAAAGUGUCAAUACCUGUCAGUGCAACAGUGAUCUAUGUGCACUUUACUAUACAGAAUUGUACAUUAUUGCACUUCCUUCCAUGUUAUCACAGCAAAUAGGUACCUGAAAAAGGGGGUUAUUAACGAACAACGAACUAUGCACAAUGCUCACUUUUUUUAGAAUUAAAAAAGCUUUCGAGUUUUUAUUUUGUUUCAACGAUGUUCGUCGUUAUCACCAGUGCUGCGUAUAAUCACCACAAACUGUCCGUCCUGUCUGCCGUUAGUGUGUACGUGUUCUGAGUCUUUUUAAAAAAGCUACCGACACCAUCUGUUUACUCGCCUUUGUCAUGGUAUUGUAAUGUACUCCCCCCCCCCCCUUCCUCUAAAAGCUUUCAUUCCCCCUCAUUCCAGCAGAGGUUGGCUUUAUGCACAUGUGUAAAAAACCCUCUAUUUACGUUGUCUAUCCAAAGAGCCCAAUUGGUCCAUUAGCCGUUGACAAUGGAUGUUUCGGUCGCCGAGGAAAUGAAAGUCCAUCCUUUGGUCUCUUGCAACAGUAUAAUGUGUCCCCCCCGCUGUCUCUCGCAUUUAGUCUGAACCUGCAACGCAGCUCUGUGCUGUGAAGCCUGAAAAUGCCUCUGAUUCUACUUAGCAGAUUCCCUCAGGGUAAUGAUUUUGGUUUAUAUUGACCCAUACACCAAAGCAGCAUCAAUUCCACUAUUUGGCAGGCUGUGAGCAUUUGUGCAUCCUCCCAUUGAGCAACGCAUAUCACACACUCGAUCGGGUGAACUGGAAGUAAGGUAGUUAUAUUAUUUAUUUUCCUUUAAACAGUUUGAUCAUCAUCUCAAACUUUGAGGAGGGAGGGUAAUGAUUAACCUUAACUUGAGCGAUAUUUAAGUACAUUAAGUCUUAUGAUAUGUGUAUAAGACUACUGAUUGUCAUGUGAACAGGGUUGUAAUAUUAAUUUUAAAGUUUAAAACUGUCAUCAUGCUUGAAAAAAACUUAUCCUAAGACAAUAACUGAAUUACCACCAGCAACUCUUCAACUCUUGGAAAAAGCACAUGUUUUUCUUUCCGUGGUUUAACUGUGUCAUUCUCAGUGUAAUUGUGUUUUUCCGCCGGCACUAAUCAUCACAAUGAUGAGCCAUUAGCAGCAAGACAGCAAUGCAGCUUCUGCACAGUUGUAAUAAUGACCACAACCAUAAUGUCUCUCUAAGCAUUUCUGCCUCUUCACAACAGAGCUCGUCCACACAUGGAUGCUUAGCUUAAAUGACACAGAAAAGCUUUCGUCGGCUAGAGGAAGAUGGCAUUUUCCUAAUAUUCCUGCUCUUAAUAAAAGAAAAAAAAGGAACUGUAUUUUUUGCAAGUAUGCUGAAUCUAGAGGGAGACAAUCCAUAAAUACUCAGCUGCUUGUCUGUACCUGGAUAGGGAUUCGAUAUGGGUGUAUUUUCAAAACUACAUUAGCAAAAAUGACCAUUUCCACUUAAAAAAUCCGUUGUCUCAUAGAAAAUGUCAAACUUUACAAUGCUAUAUUCAGUUGAGCUUCACCAGCAAUUAAACUAAGAACCAAAAGAGUACCCACAAGAUAUUUGAGAGCGACACAAAGAGCCCCAAACAAAGAAAAGUAAUGUACAUGGUGAUUUUACUAUCAAACGAUAGACUGUAUUUAUGAAAAGGAUGUAGCCGAACAUGAUGUCACAGAUGUUUUGUUGCCGAAAAAUUCAGAUUACCACUAUCCCUCUUAAACUAGAAUUGAUGAUAUAAUAUUAAAUAUUACAUUAAAUAAUGCACAUACAUAGAAACUCUAGUUUAAAACAUGUCAUGGGUUAAUGUGUAUUGAAAUGUUUGAACAGACAUUGAUUUUUUUGUUAUUCAUUGUUGUUUGACAAUGGCUUUACUUCACCAGCGUGGAUAUACAGUGUAUCUGAGGAACACACAACUAGCUGUAGCAUAACCGUACUUAAACAUAUAUGGCUGUCAGAAUAGAAAACAUCAGAGCAAUACUCCACUGACUGCUGAGAUCAUACUUUGUUGUGGCUUCUUCUAUCAAAAGUUGUAACUAUUUCUCUUGCAAAUGUAAGAGGUGGUCGUAAAGGUCCAAAUGAAAGCAAAAUAUCUUAGAUAUCUUAGAUAAAUAUCUUAAAUAUCUGUGUCAGAAAGGCAAUUUUCUUAAAUCUGUGUAACUUGCUCAACCAGACUGUGCCUCAAACAUAAAUAAGCCUUGUACUUUAUUGUCAUCUGUGCACAAUCUUUUGGUUUUUACUAGAUUCAAACACUAAAUCUAAGCAGAUUAGGGCAUUCUGUGAUAGUAGCACCACGUGACUUCUAUGGCAGAUCACGACCACGUGUGAAUUUAAUAUUUUAAAUGUAGUUAUAGCCUAAGAAUAUCACUUUUUAAAAUAAUUUUCUCUUUCACAAAUAGUGGACAAUUUCUUCUUUUUUUCCCCACCAUAUGCUAAUAUUCUGAAUGUAAUUUUCCCAGGUGUCGACGGGGGGUUAGAGACGAAAGAAUUUGCAGCUUUCACUUGUUCACUUCAAUUUUUUUGGUGAAUUCAGCUUAAAAUUUUUAAAAAUAUGUAUUCCGGCAUGAAGUUGUUCUCUUAAUAAUAUAAAAACGGGGAAUAAUAACGUGAUCGAAAUGAAACCUCACCAUCAAUCGCGCAAAUGCUCACAGCCUUUGAGACAUUUUUUUUUUUUCCCGGCUGGCUCUGGUGGGUCAAAUGUGUUUGAAAGAAGAGUGAUCAAAAAUGUAUCUGUCUCUGAAGAACAAGAUGUCAAAUUUUAGCGUUUUGAGUCUUAAGUUUGAAGCAUACUGUUAAUCUGCUAGUGCCCCCCAUCUUCCCUCCUCACAAAUUGCAGUCCGGUUUAAUAUUCAUCAUCCUUUCCUAGUGCGUGAUUGUGCCUGUAGCUCCACAACACGAUGCAAUGUGUAGGGUAGAAAAACCAAGCUGUAAGAAAAGCAAACACAGAGACGAAAGGAGAUUCGAUGUUCUUUUUUUUGUGACUUUGGUAUUUGCUGCUAAUCUGCCAUGAAAACCUUUCUGGUCUGAAAAUCUGUCCGAUGAGCUUGUGUGAGGGAUUUAAGACAGCAUUUGUUGAUAGUAUUUCUUAGACCACUGUUGCACUGAGGAGAUAAAUGUGUAUGACAUACAUUAUUAAUACUAUCUGGACGGAAAUAUGUCGAACCAGUAACUUCUUUUUUUUUUUUCUUUUUUUUUUAAAUUGGCCGUCUGAGCCUUUCUAAAAUCACAAAUCCAUUCAAUAUUGUUCCCUUGUUGCUCCAAAUGAGCACCCUACCUUAUCGGACAGCACUGAGACAUGCAUGCAACGAAAUACAGAUCUGCAGCAAAGACUACCACUGACCUCCCAGUGAUCUCUCACAGUCACUCACAGUUUACAGUUGCUUGUGGAAAAAAAAAAAAGAAAAAGAAAAUCACUUUUUUUGCCCUCUUAUCAUCACAUCUGCGGCAGUAAAACAUUGCUACUAGAGCCAAGGAGAGCAAAGAGCAAAGACGCUACACGUGCGCUCGCUGAUAACGUUGGCUAGCUCGUGUCGUUUUGUGUGGAUCUACCCUCAGUAUCACGUGACUAUUUCUGUACCUCUCCUUUAAACCCCCGAUGAAGUAAGGAGCUGCAGAGCCGAAACGCUUGGUGUGAUAGACCUUGAUAGGAACCCACUGUUGUAGAUAACAUUGUUCAUGUUUAGAACACGUUCAGACAUGACAAAACAGACUGUACAGUUUUCUUUAUGCAUUUUGUGUGUUCUGGUUUAUGAGGGAAAUUGUUUUGUAAGAAAAAAUGGA